UCAUCCUCUAAUCACCUCGCUCUACAAGGCUGCGUGUAAUCGCGAUUUCUAGGGUUAGGGCUUCAGAUUUGCAGGUGCUACGAUGGCUCUCCGGGCGUUCUACAACGAGAUCAAAGGCUUGAAGGUGAGGGAUCUCCCUGCAUACGUGAAGCCGAAAUUGUCGUGGGAGUACAUCAAAAACAGUACGGACAAGGCGGUGGAUCGCUACAUCGAGAAGUACAUCGAUACCAGUUCGAUCCAGCCCCUCUAUCACGUCAUCAUCGGCGGCAUGGUGAUAUCCUACCUUGUGGCCCUUCCACACGAGCGCCGCCACCUCGAGCAUCAGCAGCAACAGGCCUCUGGCGGCCACCACUAGUCGUGGCUGCUGUCUCCCUCUCUCUUUGAUCCUCCAG